UAUCAUAAUAAACACAAAUAGUGCUGUAGUCUAUCACUCUAUUCACACUAAGUCGAAACAAAAACUACUCUAGAAGGCUGCAUCCAUCUUUCAUAUGCUGUUGCUAGCUACAAAAAUGGAAGCAAAAGUUGGACUGAAAAAAUUGCUACAAGGUGAAGAAGUACUAUAUAAUAAAUAUCCUGUAGGACUUGGAUGCAGUGAUCUGAGUUUGAGUCUGAAUAAUAAUAACAACAACUCAGAAGAGCUUAUCCAGAACCAAGAACAGCCUAUCCCCUUACUCAAAGUAGGAUGGAUGGAAACAAAGGUAGAGGAGAUGAAGAAAGAGAAUCAGAUCUUAAGAUCUAUGUUAAAUCAAGUAACUCAACACUAUGCACUUCUUCACACUCAAUACUUAACCGUGAUGCAGCAACAGAAGCAACAAUCUUCUACAUCACCUGAUAAAAUCAAUAAACAAAUAAUAGAGGAGGAUCCAACAUCUGAGUUAGCUUCUUGCAGAAAAAAAGGUAGAGUGUCCAUUAGGGCACCAUCAAAUUUCUCAUUGAUGAGUGAUGGGUGUAGAUGGAGAAAGUAUGGACAAAAGACAUCAAAGGUUAAUCCAUGUCCCCGGGCCUACUUUCGUUGCAAUAUGGGAGAAACAACACCAUGUCCGGUUCGUAAGCAGGUUCAAAGAUGUUCGGUUGAUGAGACAGUUUUCAUCGCAACCUAUGAAGGAAAUCAUAACCAUUCCCUUCCACCAGAAGCCAGGUUGACAGCAAACACAACAUCAGCAGCAUUAAGCAUGUUUCUCUCUGGUUCAACCACCAGUUUACAUGGCAGCACUAUCUCAAAUCCAUGCCUCUUCUCUCCAUCACCAUCAUCCUCAUCAUCAUCUAGUAUUUCUUCCACCUCCACUGGCUUGUCUACUUACUAUUCAUAUGCAUCAUCAUGUCCCACAAUAACAUUGGACUUAACUCAACCCUCUACCAACUUCUUCAAAUCUCAAACACCUAUUUAUCCAAACCAGUACUACAAUCAUCAAUCUCAAGAGGGAUUGUGUUUGUCUUCUAAGCUUUCAAAUGCCAUGAUACCAGAGAAAAACGUUCCCUUGAUGGAUGGUGUGAUUGCAGCUAUAAUAAAGGAUCCUUCUAUUAAGGCAGCAUUAGAUGCAGCUGUUUCUUCACUCACUGGAGUAGUGUUGCAUCAGUGAUCAAAUAGUUUAUACUUGGUUGUAAUUAUUGUCAAUAAAUUAAACUUGCAUGUUUAAUUUGAAUACAUGUUUCCUAACACAUAUAAACGAGUUCUUGUUAUCUACCUCAAAUUGAAUAUAUAUUAUACCAAUUUGUAACCAUGUUUUAUGAAAUGGUGGCAUGGCAAGUAGUAUAACUUUCCUAGGGUAGGCAAAUAUAGUGAAUCUAUCCAUUGAAAAAAUUACACUUAUCUCCGCAGAGGUUUGUUAAAAUGCCACAGACA